AUGAGGGAGUACACACUUGUCGUCCUGGGUCCUGGUGGCGUUGGCAAGUCGGCCAUUACGGUGCAGUUCAUUCACGACAAGUUCCUCGAGCGAUACGACCCCACCGUCGAAGACAGCUACCGAAAGGAGAUAGCUGUCGAUGGCGCGGCGUGCACGCUGGACAUCAUGGACACUGCUGGCCAGGACGAGUACAAAGCGCUGAUGGACCAGUACAUGAAGAACGCGCACGGGUUCCUGAUGGUGUACAGCAUCACGUCGACGACGAGCUUCGAAGCGAUGAACAAGUUCCACGAGAGCAUUCGCCGAGUGCACCCGACGGCCCUGCCGGUGCUGCUGGUGGGCAACAAGGUCGACCUCGAGAACGACCGCGAGAUCCAGCGCGCCGAGGGCGAGGAGUGGGCCAAGAAGCACCACACGGGCUUCAUCGAGGUGAGCGCCAAGGGCAAGAUCAACGUCGUCGAGACCUUUGAGUGGAUGGUGCGCGCCAUCGACGAGUGGCGCAAGAAGCACCCCGAUCUCAACACCCAGCGCUCGGCCGCCGUCGGCAAGAAGAAGAAGUGCACCCUCUUCUAG